UGCAGAAAGAAGUUUAAGACACGAUCUGGUCAAACAGUUCAACUGGCAGGUUUACUAGAUGAGGGUCUGGCACGAGCUGAACAAAAACUUAAAGAGAAGGAAAGAGAUAAGGAAUUGACUAAAGAGGAGCUAAAGGCAGCACAAGAGGCUGUAGCGUAUGGCUGUAUAAAAUAUGCUGAUCUUUCUCAUAACCGGAUUCAUGAUUAUGUAUUCUCGUUUGACAAGAUGCUUGAUGACCGUGGAAACACUGCCGCUUAUCUCCUGUAUGCAUACACAAGGAUAAGGUCUAUAGCUCGGACAGCUAAAGUAAGUCCUGAACAAAUUCAGGCUUUUGUUCAAAGUGAUGGUGUUCAACUAGACCACGAAAAAGAAUUGAACCUAGCCAAAUGUAUAAUUCAGUUUUCUGAAGUUAUACUCAAAUGUCUGGAUGACCUUCUUCUUCACAGUCUCUGUGACUAUCUCUAUGAAUUGUGUACAACAUUUACAGAGUUCUAUGAUAAAUGCUACUGUGUUGAGAAAGAUAGAAAAACAGGAGAGAUAGUGAAGGUGAACAUGAGUCGUAUCUUACUAUGUGAAGCUACAGCUAGUGUAAUGAGCAGCGGAUUUCAUAUUCUAGGGAUAACCCCAGUAUCCAAAAUGUGAUCAUAAACUUCAUCACAUCUCCUACAUUUGCUUUUCAUAUAGUCCACAAAAUUGGUAUUUCAAGACUAAAAACAGAUAUAAAAUAUAUUUAUAAUUAUUAAGUUUUAACAAAUCUUGUUUGUGAAAAUAGAGAAAUAUAAUUUCUUUGUUUAUAACCAAUAUGUUUCAUGGUAAAAAACUUAUGUUAAAGUGAUAAGUGGUGAAAUAUACCUUAUAAAUUAUAUCAAUCAUGUUGUAUCCAUACCCUAACAGUUGUAUAAUAUAUAUGAUAUUUAUUUGUGAAGAUUUGUCAUAUAUAUAACAUAUGAACAAUUGUAUGUCAUAUCAAGAGAAGAAAAUGGCAGUCAGAUAAUUAGUCCCUUAAAUUAUUUGUAAUCAUUAUCAUAGCAAUCACUCCACAGACCACUAAAAUAACAUACUAUAGUAUGAGUUUAUUACUUCCAUUUAGUCUUAAAAACUAUUACUAAAACUGUUGUUAACUUGAAAGAAGACUUGCAUAUUUCUUGUGGAUUUCAAAAAGUUGAAGAGCAAAAUAAACUGUAAUAAAAAGA